ACACAGCGUCUUUCUUCCGUAUGCAGACUCCACUGGAGGAGAUCACGCUAAGCAUGCUCUGCGGGACUCGGCGCGUGUGAGACUGGCCGGGGUUCAGUGCGGGCAAUCCGUCAUCCAUCCAUCCUUCCCUCCGAGGCGCAUCGAGACGCUCGGGGCGACCGCGGAUGUGCGCGCUGAGCAGGCGCACAAGUCGCGUCUGAAAGCGGGUCGCGAUCGAGCCAGCAUCCGCUUCCCUUUAUAAUCCCCGCAGCACGGCGAGGAAGGCGCCCAGCAUCCUUCCAUCUCUCCGCGGCUGUCCUUGCACCCUGCCUGGCUAAUCGGAGCGGACGUCCUUCCCCAUCCAUAGAUCGCCUUACAUCGGGUGUUAAAAGCGACCAGCGCGGUGCUGCCGUCACUGUCAAGUCCAAAAAAAAGGCCCCCCGAAACCUUUUUGCCCGAGCUGUCGCCAUGGGCAAACAAAACAGCAAGCUGCGGCCAGAGUUGCUGCAGGACCUGAGGGAGAACACAGAGUUCUCCGACCAUGAGCUGCAGGAGUGGUACAAGGGUUUCCUGAAAGAUUGUCCCAGCGGAACUUUGAACGUGGAGGAGUUCAAGAAGAUCUACGCCAACUUCUUCCCGUACGGCGACGCGUCGAAAUUUGCCGAGCACGUCUUUCGAACGUUUGACACCAACGGCGACGGGACAAUAGACUUCCGGGAGUUCAUCAUCGCCCUGAGCGUGACGUCGCGGGGAAAGCUGGAGCAGAAGCUCAAGUGGGCCUUCAGCAUGUACGACCUGGACGGCAACGGCUAUAUCAGUCGUGAGGAGAUGCUGGAGAUUGUACAGGCUAUUUACAAGAUGGUGUCCUCUGUAAUGAAGAUGCCAGAGGACGAGUCCACGCCAGAGAAGAGGACGGAUAAGAUCUUCAGACAGAUGGACCUCAAUAAUGACGGCAAGUUGUCCCUGGAGGAGUUCAUUAAAGGUGCCAAAAGUGACCCCUCCAUCGUCCGGCUACUCCAGUGUGACCCAAGUUCGGCCUCCCAGUUCUGAACACCCCCCCACACACACACUUCCCCUGUUGCUAUGACAACGGUCAUUGAAGAUAAAUGCAUGAUGGUUCUCUCAUAUCAUCUUUUAUUUAAAUGUUCGUGUUUGCAAAGCGAGGUAAUAUAAGAAGGAACGCAUCACGUGUUAUCUUGUUUAUUUUUGUAUAUGUCAGCUAAUAUCAAAGGACAUACUUAUCGAUGAGAGCGGGUCAUGUUCCUAAACGUGCUCUGGAACAUGAGCAGCGUCUCAUCCAGCACAAACAUGUAUAUCAUGUAUAUAUCUAUAUAUAUCAUGUCUAAUGUGUACCAUAAAAUGAAGCUAAAGGCGGUAAAGUAUUAUGUAGCGUAGCCUCUUGGUGUCAUUUGUAUGGCCGAUAUUGGUUGCAAUUUUAUUUGCUUUUAAUUUAUUUCAAUUUAAGUACAUUUUGGAUGCUAUUACAAGGAUAUUAUUUUAUUUCCUCAUUUAGUGGUCAGGGGCAUUUAUUUAUUUAACUGCAUAUCUAUUGGGAGAGCCCUUUAUUUAUACAGAUUCUUAAUUAAGUGUAUUGUGAUUAAAAGUUCAACACAACUGAAAUGCACUUCACAAAUGCGCAAAAACAAAAAAAACAGUAUCCAUACGAGUGCUCAAAUUGAUUUGAUAGGCUGCUUACGUGCUGCUGUUUUGGUUAGCAACAACUUGGGCCACUAUUUGAGGAAUAAGAAGAGACACGGCUGCGGCUGUCGUCAUCAUAAUUUUGCUAUUUUGAUUUGUUUAUUUGUGUUUUGUACAUAAGGCAUUCAAGUCAAUUUGUUUGUACAUUUUUUUAUCGUUGUCGUAUUAAAUAUGACCAUAUUGUUGUUGAUAGUGACAGAGAGAAAUGACAAAACGGCAAUGGUAAGGUUGGAAGUGAAAUACAUGCAUUUGAUAUUAUGACAAAAAAACAGUAGCACACUUUUUGUGUUUAAGUAUCAAGUUUGAUUGUGUGUAUGCAUGUUGAUAUGUAUGGAAUGCUUGAGGUUAAUUUAACAGUAUUAUUAUUAUUAUUAUCACAAUAACCCAUCAGCACUGCAUGAACCUAUAAAGAAAAUAAUCCCCAAAAAUGUUAUGCACGGCGGUAUCUUUUUGAACUCAGCAUUGUACCCAGCAGAAAGAAAAAACAAAAAUCUUGUUUUGACUCCCGGGUCACUCACUAAGGGCUCGCUCAUCACUCGGAACGUUUUAAUCGCCUCCUGGAUUAGUCUGCUUAGCGGGCAGGUCGAUGAAGGGAUAUGUGUCACAAGAUUAGUCCGGUAUUUUAUCGUGAAUUCCAAAGUUGCGGCUGUGUUUACGGGAUGUUCAGACAUUUUUAGAGCCGUUGGAUUUGUUGACAAAACAUUUUUCAUUGAACAAAGAAGCCCGGGUUUGAAAUCUUAAGUGCUUAUGUAGGAGGAAAUACACUCUGCAGUAAAAAUUCAGAGCAGACGGUAAUUUGUCUAAGUAGCAUAAAGGCCGCACUGGAAAAGAAAAUUUCAUCGAGGAUUGCAAGAAUAGAGUCAUAAUUUUAGGAGGAAAAAAAUUCAUUCAAGUUUUUCUUGUACUGCAACUUUUUGUGUAUUUGUAACUUCAAAAGUCAUUUUUGAAAUAGUACAAAUGUAUUUGACGAUUACAACUUUUAGUCUUGUAAUUUUAUGACUUUAUUCUUGCAACUCUUCUUUUAUACACGCAACUAACCCAGACCAUAACUUAGGGUCUACUUAACAUUCCAAGGUUAAUAUUAAAACUAGGCUCAGAUAACAAAGCAUUUUCUUUUGAAUACUAAGAUUUUUUUCAAUGUCGCCCUAAGACUCCUUUUUUUUUCAGUUUUUCCUCCUUUUUGUUAUUUGACUGCAGUAGAGCGAAUACAAUCAAAACGGUUGAAAUAUCUUUAGGUCUUCACCUUUUUAGUGCACUUUCAUUCUAUCAACAAAACAGUGUUUGCUAUAACUAGACAUUUUACAAGCAUGAAAGCCCUUUUAAAAAAGAAAAGAAAAAAACAUUUCACUAUCCAGCUUUUCUCAUGUCAGAAUAUUGGGUGUGAUUGUUUUUUUUUUUUAUUGUCCUAAGUCAAACACUUGCUCGACCUGAUUUUUCUUUUUUUAAAGUUUCCUAUUCAGCUCGUUUUAUUUAUUUUUAUAGCGUUACUGCCUCUUGCUGGUAGGAUAAGGAACAACAAUGUUUUCGAUUGUCACUGCUUCCUCACAUGAACUUGCUAUUUUGUCUCAGAUCUAUUCUUUCUUUCUUCUAAUCGAACCGUUACACUGCAAAUGCACCCUUCCUAACUUUUCUGUUGCAUGGAAAAAAAAAAACAUGUGGGGAUUUGUUCUACUGGACCUGAAUGACCAAUAUAGGUAUAUUUGUUCCAAAAUUGCACGUGUGGUCUCUUCUGUCAAUAUUGGUUCGAAAUAAAAUUAGGAUAUAAACUA